UCCACGCCGGGCCAUCCCACCCACGCCGCGUGCAUGGCGGGCAGCUCGGUGUGUGUGGUGGCCGCACUGUGGGCCCUGGGACCACUGCUGGCUGCUGGAUUCGUGUCCGCGGCGGCCUCGACCGAGGAGGACGGCGGCGGGGUGUGUGCCAUGCUCCUGCGCGCACCUGGUUGCCUGACGCGCCGUGGCUUCGACUUCGAGUGCACCUGGGAUCUGCUGCGGCCCGACCUCGUCACCACCAGCUUCACGUAUCACUUUGCUGGGGAGCGCCUCAAUAACUGCCACGUGACGGUGCAGCGCCGUCUCGACAACGCGAGCGCCAGCUACGCCUGUGCCAUCCCGGCUCGCCAAGUCUCCAUGUUCCAGGACCUCGUCAUCGAGAUGAGGGCCUGGCACGGCCAGGCGGGCUCCUCGUGUCGGACCAGGAGCACCGUGCGGGUGGAGGAGGCGGUCCACACAGAGCCCCCCAGAGCUCUCUGGGCCAGGGGCACGGAGUGGCCGGGGGAGCUGAGGGCCGGGUGGACCCCGCCAGAGGCGGACAUCAUCGUGACGUCCACGCUCACCUACCAGCUCUCCUACUCGCGGGAGCGCAACCGCACCAACACGACGGUGCAGACCGGUGCCACGGAGCACCGGCUACGGGGGCUUCGUCCCGGCAUCCCCUACUGGCUGAGGGUCCGCACGGGUCCCGACGGGGAGACCCUGCGCGGGUCCUGGAGCGAGUGGUCCCAGCCCGUCAUGGCCACGCCACGCGCAUCGCCCGGUGGGUUCCAUCUGCAGUGCGCGACGCGUGACCUCCGAACCUUGCUCUGCCACUGGGCGAGUGUCAGCCCGGGCAGCAACUACUCACUCUACUACCAGGACGAGGAGCUUGGCUCGGAGUGGAAGUGCGGCUCUGAGUCGGCGCGCUGGGGCUCCCAGGAAGAGCCCGGGUCUCGCUGCUCGCUGUCUCCGCCGUCGCCGUUGACGCGCGUGCGUCUGUCCGUGCGUCAGCGCGAUCCCCCUCGGCACCGCGUACUCAUCACCGAGCCCUUCUGCAUGGCCGACGUCGAUCCCAACGGCGCCCUCCUGGGGGACCGCACGAAUCCCCAAACUCAACCUGGCGGGGUCCGGACGGAGAUGGGCGGAGGGGAACUGAGACUGAGUUGGUCCGAGUCCGGAUUGGGAGCGCCAGGCUGCGACGGAGGCCCGGACCAACCUUGCACGGAUGUACGGCUAGGGGAGGGAGAGGGGUCCCACCUGCUCGAGGGUGCGGUGAAGGGGGCCGAGUCACGUGGUCUCCAGGCCCCUGACCCCUCCGAGGGGGUCGACAGGGCGGGCUGGCGUGGUGGAUGGGGUGGCAGCGGAAACACGGUGGCUGUGGUCACAAACGCCUCUGAACGGCCAGGGUGGACGCUGGCCUACGUGAUCCCGUUCGCCCUGCUGAUGAGCGCGGUUCUGGUCGUUAUCAAAGGCAGGAUGAGGAGGAUCAAGCAAAAAGUGUGGCCCGCCGUUCCAGACCUGGAGUCCUCCUUUGACGAACUCUUCACGGUCUUCAAGGGCAACUUCCAGGAGUGGGCGAGGCCCGAGAGGGGCGGGCGGAUCGUGGUGCGGCCGGCGUGCGAGGUGGAGGAGCGACUCAUCUGCCUGGUCGAGGUCGUCUCCGAGGGGGAUCAGAGGGAGGAGCAGGAGGAGCAAGCGGAGCAGGCGGACGAGGAAGAGAUGGACAAGCGGGAGGAGGUGGAGAGGCGGGCGGAGGGACGCCUCCCGCUCCACGCGUGGCCGCGUCGCAAGGCGCAGAACGCCUACGUGCUCAGGGGAGGAGACGCGGCGGGGAGGCAGCACGGGGAGAGGGAAGCGGAGCUGCUGAGCCCGGAUCUUCAUGGUUACGGUGACGAAGAAGAUGCCGGCGACGAUGGCGGUGAUGGUGAUGAUGUAGCAGAUGCGGUAACUGUUGAUGAAAACGAAGUGGGUGCCGCACACGAUGAUGACGACGACGAUGAUGAGGACGACGAUGAUGAUGAUGCUGAUGGACUUCACAUUGCAACUGCUUCUGCUGGAGAUGACGAUUAUGAAGAUGCUGCUGAUGAGGAUAACGUUCCUGCCGCCGAUGAAGAUUGCAAUGCUGCUGUUGAUAACGAAGAUGCUGAUUCCACUGAUGUUCUUGAGGAUGAUGCUGAUGCCGUUGCUGAGGAUGGUGAUCAUGAUGAGGAUAAUGAUGAAAUUGCUGGAAAUGAAGAUGCUCACUCUACUUAUGAUUAUUAUGCUUAUGCUGAAGAUGUUGCUGAUGAUGAUGACGAAGCUGCCGUUGGAUCUGUUCAUGAUGUCGGUGCUGCUGCUGCAGCUACUUCUGAUGAAAACAACGAUGACUACAACCACCACCAUCGCAGACCCACGGAAUCGAGAUCCGAGCCAGACGGUGAGGUCUCAGAAAAUCCCGGAAUUCUCCCGGCGCCCGGCAAACGCAGCCAAGACCCUUACCCAGGAGUCCAACUGCUCGCCCUCCGCUACGAGCGCGUGUGGUGGGGCAUCGGAGGCGGGCAACCGGAGCUAGGAUGCCGACGCAGCCCCGUCAACUCGCGGGCAGGAGGAGGUGGCGGCAAAGAAGGAGCCGGAAGAGCGGCGACCUUGGAGGUCGCGGGGUCGCAAGAAAUCACAAACAUGGCGUACGUGAUGCGCAAAGAAGCAGGAGAAGCCGGGAGUGGUGGCUACGUGAACGCGACAUGAGUGCGGGAGGCAGGUCGGUUGCGGUGCAAGCGUGGCUCUUCCUUUGGCUGGCGUGUGCCAUCGAGUGCCACGAUCCCAAGUCGCGUGUACGUGGCCCCGUGACGGCUGUCUCCACCUCACACUUUGCCGACUGACGCCGCACUCGCAGUGGACGUGUCAUCAUCCCAGGCCCCACCCCGAGCCGGAUUCGGACGUCUCGUUCGGCCACCUGAUCACGGUUUGCUUCCGGGCUCGGCACGGCAAAUAUCCGGUGGAAAACCACCGGCACCAUGAGGGGCCCCGCGCUGACUCGGCUCGGAUGUGCCAGUGGAAAAGGGGAUAUAUAUAUAUGAGCUUCGAUAAAGAAGCCCUUUUAGAGUGGUUCUGCGGUGGAUAUCUUCCAGGGAACUGUUCUUAGCCAUAAGGAGGCGCGCUGCUUUCUGGGAGAGUACUGGACAGCGAGCAUCAUGUCACGGUGUUCGUAGCCUAUACUGAGGAUAUUAGUAAUAGUACGUGGGUUUUCAUGAUUCGUUUUUUAAUGAUAGUGUUUAUUUGUUGAUAAAUGUUCACUCUGCUAUUGAUGCGUAUUCACUCCAUCCACUACAACUACCGCCGCCACCACCACC